AUGGCUCCAAAGGGUGCAAAACGCAAGACAGCUUCUCCUGUAGACAAAACCAACGGAUCUAGUGCCAAAAAGAUUAAGCACGAGACCACCAACGGAGAUGUUCUUCGACAGCCUCAUCCAUUCGCUGGAGAGGCUGAAGAAUAUGGCAUCGUGCUACGACAGUUUUAUCCACAUGAGAUGAGCAACUCCCGAGCUCGUGCUUAUAAUUCUGAUGAAAUCACUCGGCCAAUCGAAGCGCUCGUUGCGGCUUUGGAAGAAACGGCUGGGGCUCGUAAACAAGUGAAGCCCAAGGACGCGGUGGUUCAUUGGUUCAAGAUGGAUCUCCGACAUACCGACAAUCGAUCACUUGCACUGGCCAGUGCCAAAGCGAAAGAGGCAAAUGUUCCUCUUAUUUGCAUGUAUAUUGUGAGCCCUCAAGACUUUGAGGCUCAUCUCACUUCGCCCGUCAGGGUCGACUUUAUGCUUAGGACGUUGAGCGUCCUGAAAGAUGACCUGGCAGCCCUGGAUAUUCCCCUGUAUGUGGAAACAGUGGACAAGAGGAAGCAUGUUCCACAUCGCAUUUUAGAGCUCAUGGAAGAAUGGGGCAGUAACCAUCUCUUUGCCAAUAUGGAAUACGAAGUCGAUGAGCUGCGACGAGAAGCUCAGAUGAUCCGCCACUUUGCAGAAAAUGGAAAAUCAUUCGAGGUCGUCCACGAUACGUGCAUCGUGCCCCCAGGAGAGCUGCACAGCGGCUCUGGCAAGCAAUACGCCGUAUACACCCCUUGGUACCGAGCCUGGAUGGCGCAUAUACACGAGAAUCUCGAUCUCCUGGAGCUUUACGAUCGGCCUAAGAAAAACCCAGAUGGAGUCCGACAAAGGCUUCAGAAGCUGUUUGACUGUCGCAUUCCCGAUGCACCGGACAAUAAACAGCUCAGUGACGAAGAGAGAAGGAGAUUUCGCGGUCUGUGGCCUUGUGGUGAGCACGAAGCCAUGUCCAGACUGGAAAGUUUCUGCGAGGAGGCCAUUGGCAACUAUCACGACGAGCGAAACAUUCCUGGGGAUGAGGGCACAUCUUGCCUGUCUGUCCACCUUGCAAGCGGGACAAUCAGUUCGAGGACGUGUGUUCGAACGGCCAGGGACAGGAAUAAAACCAAGAAAUUAGACGGCGGGCAUCAGGGCAUCCAAGUCUGGAUCAGCGAGGUCGCUUGGCGAGACUUUUACAAGCACGUUCUUGUCAAUUGGCCGUAUGUGUGCAUGAACAAGCCGUUCAAACCCGAGUAUUCAAACAUCAGGUGGUCCUAUGAUAAAGACCAUUUCGCGGCAUGGUGCGAGGGACGCACCGGGUUUCCCAUUGUCGACGCUGCGAUGCGCCAGCUCAACCACGUUGGAUACAUGCACAACCGCUGUCGGAUGAUUGUUGCUUCGUUCCUGUCCAAGGACCUGCUCAUCGACUGGCGUAUGGGUGAGCGAUACUUUAUGGAGCAUUUGGUUGACGGCGAUUUCGCGAGUAACAACGGCGGCUGGGGGUUCAGCGCCAGUGUCGGAGUCGAUCCGCAGCCCUACUUUCGUAUCUUCAACCCGCUGCUCCAGAGCGAAAAGUUCGACCCCAACGGCACCUACAUCCGGAAAUGGGUUCCCGAGUUGAGCGAAUUGACCGACAAGGAAAUCCACGAUCCGUAUAAUCGAGGUGCUGGAACCAAAGCGAAGAAGCAGGGCUACCCCAAGCAGAUUGUCGAUCAUAAAGGCGCAAGGGACCGUGCCUUGAGUGCCUACAAGGAAGGGCUCGAGAGUGGAAUGUAG